UUACGCUUGCAUCCCUCGGUUACCACAGUUGGCGACGAGCGGAUUGCGAAUUUCGCGCAUUGUUCGGCACAUUCGUAAAGUGUAGCGUUCUGCUAAGGGGCAAAGCUGGAAGACUGCGCGAAACGCACACAUCUACACUGCAUUUCUGGUCGGGACGUCGACGGCGGUGCUGCAUAAGGUUGUGUGUGCAUAUUUUCUUCGGAUUUUCAACCAUUCUUCUAUUAUCAACAAUGCCGAACCAAGGAGAAACCUCCGGUGUAGCAACCCAAAUACCAGCAUGCCCGCCCACUUUUGCAUUCGAACCUUUUGACAGAAGCAAAACAAAGUGGUCGCGCUGGGUUAAAAGACUGGAAGGCGCUUGUGAGAUCUUUGGAAUACCCGAUAACAAGAAGAAAAACAUGUUGCUCCACUACAUGGGAGCGGAAACAUACAACGUACUCUGUGAUAACUUGUCACCAGCCGAACCUGAGAACAAAACGUAUGCGGAUAUCGUGAAGACACUGGAAGAAUAUUUCGAUCCGGCUCCAUUGGAAAUGGUGGAACUUUGGAAGUUCCGGCAACGUAUGCAGCGGGAAGGAUUAAGAAACCAACUGGUGUUCGGUUUGAGGAGUGAUCGUACUCGGACACGCUUAAUAGAGGAGAAGAAAUUAACGUUCGACAAAGCGAAGCAAAUUGCACUCUCUAUGGAAGCGUCAGGCGAGGGGGCGGAAGCACUGAACAGGCAGAUGCACGACGUGAACUUGACGGACAGGAAGAGGUCUCAAUCGAGACGGGGAUCGAUGGCAUCCGCUAAUAAUAAGGUAACUAACCCUACUAAAAGAAAUGUAUGUUUCCGAUGCGGUAGUGAGGCACACUAUGCGAAUAAGUGCGAGCACAUUAACAAGAUCUGUGGCCUUUGCCACAAGAAAGGUCAUUUAAAGCGAGUGUGUCUCAGCGCCAGCGCCGAACGCAAGCAAUUUUCUGGUGACGGUUACGCAACAAAGAGUAGACCUAAGAAGCAUUUCAUGAAUCUUGUUGAGGAUACCAUUGACUCGGAGUCCGAGUAUUCAAAUGAUGACGCAAUUCAAAUUGUUGAAAUUUGUAAGCUAGAAAAUGAUUAUGAUGAUUUGUCUAAAAUCUUUUUGAGUGUAAGAGUAGGAGGUUCACUGAUGAAAUUUGAGGUAGACAGUGGAUCGCCAGUGUCUCUAAUAAGUAAUGCUGACAGAAUCAAGUACUUGAAGGACUUACCGUUAAAGCAAACUGACAUUCAACUACGUAGUUAUUGUGGUAAUAAGAUCGGUGUUUUCGGUGUAAUUGAAACGGAGGUUGUGGUUAAAGGUCAAUCGAAUCAAAUGCGACUGUUUGUUGUAGAUGCUAAACGACAUCCUUUGUUGGGACGUGAAUGGAUGCGUGCGCUACGUAUUGACUGGAACAAUAUUAUGGGUGAUUCCGUAGGGGAUGUGAAUAAAAUCACGUUACGUACUUCUAUGCCCAGUGCGGUGAAAGGUUUGUUGGAAGAGUUCGCUUCAGUGUUUGAUGAAUCAAUCGGUAAAAUGGGUAAAAUUAAAGCUUCUUUACACCUUAAACCAGAUUCGAAACCGAUUUUCCUAAAAGCGCGUACUCUCCCCUUUUCUAUUCGAGACAUUGUAGAGCAGGAAAUCAACAGUUUGGUUGAGUCAGGUGUUUUGGUAAAGGUUAACCGUAGUGAGUGGGCAACGCCUGUCGUUCCGGUGAUGAAAUCCUCCAACAAAGUUCGGCUAUGUGGUGACUACAAACUUACAGUGAAUAAGUGUUUAAUAGUAGACGAACACCCUUUACCAACAGUAAACGAAAUGUUCUCCAAUAUGGCGGGUGGAGAAAAGUUUACCAAAUUAGAUCUUGCACAGGCAUAUCUGCAGAUGGAAGUCCGUCCGGAGGAUCAAUCGAUGUUGACUCUUAAUACGCACCUAGGAUUAUACCAGCCGACAAGGUUGAUGUACGGAGUUGCGUCGGCGCCGGCGAUUUUUCAAAGGGAAAUAUCGCAAAUCUUACAAGGUAUUCCCGGAGUAACAGUGUUCCUGGACGACGUAGAAAUCACUGGACCUGAUGAUGAAACGCAUCUUGCAAGGUUGCGUGAAGUUCUUAGGAGGUUCCACGAGAACAAUAUUCGUGUGAAUGUGCAGAAAUGCGAAUUCUUUGCUGAGAGCAUUGAAUAUUGCGGCUACAUUAUCGAUCGCCGGGGAAUCAGCAAGAUGCCACAGAAAGUCGAGGCUAUUCAAGAGAUGCCCCGUCCAAAGAAUCGAGAGCAAGUACGAGCUUUCAUGGGACUUAUAAACUACUAUGGUAGGUUUAUAAAGAACCUAAGCACAAAGCUUUAUCCGAUCAAUAGCUUGCUGAAGGAGAACAUGCCAUUCGUUUGGACAAAAGCUUGUGAACAGGCAUUUCUAUGGGUGAAAGCAGAAAUGCAAUCCGAUCGCGUACUGGUACAUUACGAUUCGAGUCUUCCGCUGGUUUUAGCAACAGAUGCUUCACCUUAUGGUGUUGGUGCGGUACUGAGUCACAUCUUUCCAGAUGGCGUGGAACGGCCGAUCCAGUACGCUUCACAGACUUUGAGCGUCACUCAACAGAAUUAUACUCAGGUAGAUAAGGAGGCAUAUGCUAUAAUUUUUGGAGUGAAGAAAUUUUAUCAGUACCUCUUCGGCCGGAAAUUCAUUCUAGUAACAGAUAACAAACCAGUUGUUCAAAUUUUGUCUCCGGACAAAGGUCUUCCGACAAUGUCGGCCUUGCGCAUGCAACAUUAUGCUGUGUUCUUGGAGACUUUUGAUUUUGAUAUACGGUACCGUGCUUCCAAGGACCAUGGCAACGCUGAUGGCAUGUCUCGUUUGCCAGUCCGUAACUCCAGCAGUCGAGAACAGAUAGAAGAAGUAGACGUCAUACAAGUUAACCAAAUUGAAACGUUACCAAUAACGGUUGAGGAAUUGGAGGAGUAUACUGCUAAGGACAAAAACGUGAAACAGUUGAUCCAAGGUCUGAGGUCAGGGCGGCCUGUUGAAGGGUCGUUUAGGUUCGGAGUUGACCAAAACCAGUUUACGAUGCAAGGCUCUUGCUUGAUGAGGGGAAUCCGUGUGUAUAUUCCACCACCGUUACGCGAUCGGGUCCUUGCUGAACUGCAUUCGGGACACUUUGGUGUUUCGCGGAUGAAAUCCCUCGCUCGAUCAUACUGCUGGUGGGAGAAUAUCGAUAAGGCAAUAGAAGAUUUGGCAAAGGAUUGUGUUAACUGUGCGCGUUUCAGAACGGAUCCACCGAAAGUAGCAGUACACUGUUGGGAACGCCCUAGUGAGCCGUUCCAAAGGAUUCAUGCGGAUUUUGCCGGGCCAUUCCUUGGAUUGUUUUUCCUGAUACUUGUCGAUGCUCACAGCAAAUGGCCAGAAAUAAAGGUGGUGCCGGACAUAACUGCGGAGACAACCAUCAGAACCAUGCGUGAAUUUUUUGCAAAUUUUGGUUUGCCGUCCGUAUUGGUUACUGACCGAGGAACACAGUUCACCUCUGAUCAAUUUCAAAAAUUUCUCAGAAAUAAUGGAAUUACCCAUAAGAUGGGAGCACCGUACCACCCCGCCACCAACGGCCAGGCGGAACGGUACGUACAAACAUUCAAGAACAAGCUGAAAUCGUUGAACUGUUCGCGAACGGAGGUACAUGCGGAGUUACAGAAGAUUCUUAUGGCGUACAGAAGAACGGUACAUCCUGCUACCGGACAAAGUCCAUCGAUGUUGGUAUUCGGCCGACAGAUAAAAUCUAGAGUUGAUUUGAUGAUUCCAAACGUGUGUAACAGGAACUAUUCUCGCGGGGAAGACACAAUGGUGCGUUCAUUCUCUGUGAAUGAAAGGGUAGCUGCUCGUGAUUUCCUUUCCAAUGCAGAAAAGUGGAAAUUUGGCGUGGUAGCAGCUCGGAUUGGUAAGCUUCACUACAUGAUUGAACUUGAUGAUGGCCGGAUGUGGAAGCGCCACAUUGAUCAGUUGAGGGCAGGACCUUUAUCUCGACAAGAAGCACUGGAGAGUGCGUCAGUGCUUGAACGUAGUGUAAUAGUACCCUCCACAGCGGUUCGCCCUACAGUCCAGCCAAAAAUUGAACUUGACGAGACUGACUCGACAAUUGAUGAUUCAAAUGACCUUGACAUACCAUCUAACCAAAACGAUCGUACACGUACACCUGUCAGCAUUGCAGUUGAAACUGGUGGUUCAGGUUUGAACCCAGAUAAUAAGCGGAGCGCAAAAACUAGGGCAUCAGAGACAGGCAAUGCUACUAUUCGUAGAUCAUACCGCGAAAAAAGGCCUCCGCGUAGACUGGACCUAUGAGUUUUGUGACUAACCUACUAACCAUUAUUGUUUGUAAGAAAACUGUUCAAGUAAGAAUUCUUUAUACGAGGGGAAGAGUUGUCAUAAUUUGCCAUACCUUAUUAUAUUAAACCCUUGAUUACUAGAUGUUACCGCUCUAUCAAUGUACCCAAUGUUAUUGUUUUAAAAGAGGAAUAAAGUGAUCAUUAGUUGCUGGAAACAAACACAAGAAGGACGUGU